UGAUGGUAGAGACCUAUAGGAAUCUCACAGCUAUAGGUUACAUUUGGGAAGAACAUACAAGUGAAGACCAUUUUCAAAAUUCUAGAAGUCAUGGAAGGCAUGAAAGAAGUUGUUCUGCAGAGCAACUCUCUGAGUUUAUUCACUGUGGUAAAGCCUUUGCAUAUGAGAGUGGUAGUCAAAGGCAUCAAAUAAAACAUACUGGAGAGAAACACCAUGACUGUAACCAAUGUGGUAAAGCUUUUAAAAGAAGGAGUGACAUCCAAAUACAUAAGCAAACACAUACAGGAGAGAAACCCUAUGAAUGUAACCAAUGUGGAAAAGCCUUUGCAGGAAGUGGUGACCUCCAAAAACAUAAACGAACACAUACAGGAGAGAAACCCUACAAAUGUAACCAAUGUGGUAAAGCCUUUUCACAAAGCAGUCAUCUCCGAAUACAUAAGCGAACACAUACAGGAGAGAAACCCUAUGAAUGUAAACAAUGUGGUAAAGCCUUUGCACAUAGCAGUCAUCUCCACAUACAUGAGCGAACACAUACAAGAGAGAAACCCUAUGAAUGUAAACAAUGUGGUAAAGCCUUUUCACAAAGCAGUCAUCUCCAAAUCCAUAAGCGAACACAUACAGGAGAGAAACCCUAUGAAUGUAAACAAUGUGGUAAAGCCUUUGCACAAAGCAGUCAUCUUCGAAUACAUAAGCAAACACAUACAGGAGAGAAACCCUAUGAAUGUAAACAAUGUGGUAAAGGCUUUGCAGGAAGUGGUGACCUCCAAAAACAUAAACAAACACAUACAGGAGAGAAACCAUAUGAAUGUAAACAAUGUGGUAAAGCCUUUUCAAGAAAGAGUGACCUCCAAAAACAUAAACGAACACAUACAGGAGAGAAACCCUAUGAAUGUAAACAAUGUGGUAAAGCUUUUGCACAAAGCAGUACUCUCCAAAUCCAUAAGAGAACACAUACAGGAGAGAAACCAUAUGAAUGUAAACAAUGUGGUAAAGCCUUUGCAGGAAGCAGUGGUCUCCAAUGCCAUAAAAGAUCACAUACAGGAGAGACACCAUAUGAAUGUAACCAAGGUGGUAAACCCUUUGAAGGAAGCAGUGGUCUUGAAUAUAAUAAUCGAACACAAACAGCUGAAAAACCCUAUGAAUGUAACCAAUGUGGUAAAGUCUUUGCAGGAAGGAGUGACCUUUAAAGAGAAAAGACCAUACAGGAGAGAAACUCUAUGAAAGUAUCUGAUGUUGUAAAGCCUUUGCAGCAAGCAUUGAUCUCCAAGUACAUAAAUGAACACAUACCAGAGAGGAACCUUUUAAAUGUAACCAAAGUGGUAAAGCUUUUUUGAAGGGUAAAAGGCUGGAAAACAAUUUUCCAAGCAAAUGGUCUGAAGAAACAAGC